UAUGAUACAUCGUUUGUUUUCUGACUGUAUUUUAUUUUUAAUAAGUAGUAGCAGGUAAUAGUUCUUGGUUGUGACGUUAGUCGGCGACGAAUUAAUAAAAUGGUUGUUCAGGAUUGAUGCUUCAUCUAAAUAACGUAUAUGCUAUUGUCAGUGAAAUUAAAUACCAGGGAAAAUAUUUGAUAACAGUGAGGUCAAUGUUAUCAUUGAAUUUACGUUUACCAAUGCUGAAAUGAAGCUGAAGUAUGUUAUGUAUGGUUACGCGUUGGAUUUACGCGGAAUAUUAUCGCAGAUCGCCCCUGACGGGCUCUGCGUUUCAUCGGAUUAAUAUUAAUCAAUGGCUUUAUUUGAGAAGAGGUAUACUAAUAAAAUAUUGUUAGAUGAUACAGAGAAGUUGACAAGUGUCAUUGAAAAUGCUAGAACAAUUGACGGGCAUACGGAAUAUGUGAUUAGAGUACAACGCGGUCCUCUACCUGAAAAAACGUGGAGAGUGAGCAAACGUUACAAUGACUUCGUUCAACUUAAUGCAGUUUUGUCAUUAUCAGGCAUUGACCUGCCAUUACCUCCUAAAAAGAUCAUUGGAAACAUGGAGCCUGACUUUAUAGCUCAACGUCAAUUAGCUUUACAGAAUUAUUUAAAUAUAGUACUAAUGAAUCCCAUAUUGGCAUCAUCUCUUCCUAUGAAAAAAUUUUUAGAUCCUGAUAAUUAUACAACGCCGUUACAUGAAAUAGCACUACAGCAAGUAUCAUUAGCUUUACGCAGUGAUGCUAAUUUCGAAGUUGGGAAAGCUAUUCCUGAUAUGGGAUGGCGGUUAAGAAAAUAUUAUUAUACUGUUAAGAAUCGUCAAAAUCCAAAGCAAGAAUAUUUACUUGCUUGGGUAGAAUUUGGACCAGAUAAGCAUCUUCAGGACAAAGAUAUGCAAGGGGUUUUCAAAAGUCUGGGUACUUUGAAACAUAAUUACAUUGAACCAAUAGUUCACCAGCAUGUAACAGAGAAUGGAGCUCUUAUGAUAAGAAAUUUUUGUCCAACGGGUACAUUGCGUGAUAUACUUUGUAUGACCAAACCUAAGCAGUCAUUCAUAAAAAAGUAUGGAAAUCCAAAACAAGUUAAAUCACUCACAUUACCUGAAGUUACUAUUUAUGGUUAUCAGAUAUUGGAAGCAUUAAGUUUUUUACAUGAGAAAGGAUUACCUUAUGGGCAUCUACAUACAGGCAACAUAUUAUUGACACAGGGAUGUGCUAAGUUAUUAGAUAUAGAAAAUGGCCUUUUGGGUUUACCAGCAUUUUAUAGGCCUUAUGUUGUUCAGAGACGAAAACUUCAUGCCACGACUCAAGUGGAUGUCUAUUCGUUUGGACAUGUAUUAUAUGAAAUGGCAUUUGGCAGACCAUUAUUAGAAGCAAUGUGUUCUGAAAUGCCAACUUGCGAUAUAACAUUGAAAAAUCUACUGGAGGUAAUUUUAUCACCAGAAGCUCUCAAGCAGGACUUACCUAAGGUUCAACGUUUGCUAGAGCACCCAUUUUUUGAAACAGUGCGACGUACGAAUCUCGCUAUUAGUUCUAUAGAAAAACCACAUUUUAAACUUAGUAAUCAUUUGAAGGAAGCUUUACAAGAAGCAAUGAAUAAAGCAGAGCAAAGAUUGAGAGAUGAACAAAAGGUAGUUAGACAUCAGAAAAGGCUUGUGAAGGUUCAAGAAUUGAUGAGCACUGAAGAAGAAAUGAAAAAACGAAAACAGAAAUUGAAAAAGGAGCAAAAAUUAGCACAGGAACAACAUAUGUCUAAUCAAUUGGGAACAAAUGGUACAAAACAAGUAAAUGGUAAAAGUUCAGAAAGAUCUGAUAGCCCAACGAGUACAUCUACUGCUACCAGUGUUGGAACAUUAACGCCCCCAUCGCUUGGUUUUACAGAAAUGCCACAUGGUGAUGUACCUGUUAAAAACAUCAAUCCAUUACCACCAGCGUCUGUGUCAUCUGGUGAAGUAGAGGCCCCUAUAUCAAAACCAGGCAACGAACGUGCAGCUUUACUCGGAAGUAUCUGUUCGUUUGAUAAAAGUAAACUUCGUAGAAUUGUCAAUGGUAAUCAUUAGAGAAUCUUCUCAAAGAACAAAUCAUUUCAAACCGUCCAGAGAAAGAUAUAAAGGUUCGAGAAAUUUUUUCAUACCUUAAAAGGAUUUGAAACUAUUUAAAAUAUAUAAUAAUAUUUUUUACAUCAAAUUGUUUCUUUCAUUCUAGAUAUAUCAGACUAUUAUCGUUAUGGAAUAUAAUACGUAGACGAAAAACAUAAUGUGUCAGAGUGUGAUAAUGUCGUAUUUUAGUUAUUCCUUUCGUUAGCUUUAUUUUUUUUUAUAUAUAUAUAUAUCUAUCAAACGUUUAUAAUGAUAAAAAUGCAUAAUUUAUGUUUACGUAUGCGGAAUAUAAGGCGAGAAGAUCGUAUGUCCUUUUUGUAUCAUUUAUAAGACCACACUAACCAAUUUCAUAAGUAAAAAAAAAAAAAAUAUACGUGCCAAGACAUACGUAAUCAUUGCGUUGAUAAUAACCUUCGUUAUAUUGUUAGUUCGUAAAAUAAAUUAUCUCUCUGUAGGAUACUAUGAAUGUCAUUAUCUAUCGAUGUUAAAUCGGAAAAUGUAAUAUAAACAUUAUUUUAAUACACGUAAUGUCCCUUGUAUGUAGGGCUUUAAAAUGUCUCUAGAAUCAAAAAUGAUAGCUACCAAGGGACACAAAAUUACAUGAUUAAUUGUAUUUUUAAAUGAGUUUAAAAAAACGUGGAAAAAAUUAAUUCUUCCUCUAACGAUAUACUUGUGUGUACAGUGAUUUAAAAAAAAAAUUUGAGUAAUGCAUUUAACAAACAGAUUCAUAUAUUUUAUGAAAAAAAGCAACUAUUUCUAGAUUCUAUCCAACGUUUAUUUUUAUUAUUAUUAUUAUAAUAAAAUUAUGUACACAUUCUCAUGUCACUUUAAGAAUUAUAGAAAAACUAUAUUAUAUGUAUAUGUGGCUCUAAUAAUUGUAUUAUGGUGUCAAGUAGUUUAUACAGCUUAUUUAAACAAACAAAAAUAUAUUGAAAAGAUUAAUUUAUAGUAGAAUGUCAUUGUUACCAUAGUUACGUCGAUGUAUAAAGACCGUUAAAAAACAUUCGAAUUAUUCCAUAUCAAAACAAAACACAUUUUGCUAUUUAAUAAUAUAAUAUUAUAUAAUGAAAAGUUUUAAGGAAAGAUUCUUACACACAGAAAGGAAUUAUAAUUUGAAAAAUUCAAAUCAGUUUAGAAAAUAGAAUGUUGCGAGAGAAGAAUAUUAACGCUUUGACUUAGCCAAAGACCUUUUUAUAGCUACUACAUACGUUUAUUCUGAAAGAAAUAAUAAAAGAGUAAAAUAAAAGCAGUAGUUAUAAUAAUAAAGUUUUUAUUGCACUGAAAAUGACACAUAUAAAAAGCUAUAUAUAUAUAUGAUGAUGAUGAUGAUGAAAUAUACAAAUAAAGUAUAAAUAUAAACCAAACAUAAACUUAAUAUAACGUGAAAGCAAAAUUUAGAAUAAAUGCUCUUUUGAAAUUUAAAAAAUAAUCUAUUUAAUGUUAUUUUACUAAAUAAUAUCUAAUUUGAAAGCUACUUGAUUAAACUUAUAAUUUGAUGUUAAUAUAUAUAUAUAUAUAUAUUUUUUUUAAUUAUAUAUCAUUUAUAGAUGUAAUAGGCUUCCAACAAUGACAUUUUUUUAAAUAAAAGCAAGUGUAAAUUAUGCACACACAAUCCAACAAUUUAGUCUGUAAUCAAAGCUAAACUAUUCUAAAAUUUACAUAUUUGGUUUACAAGGGAUUUAUUUAAAAUAAUAACAAAUAAACAGAGAAACACGAUAGAACAACAUAAAUUAGAAAAAUAUCACAAGAGAUACAAAAAAAAAAAAAAAAAAAAGAAAA